AUGCCACAACUCUACCGUGAUCCAUGGGCCAAGCGCGAGGCAUGGCGCAAGCACCCCGUCUUCUCGCACCGCUUCUUCGCACGCAACAUCUUCCCUGGCUUCGGACUGGGCCUCGGCGCGUUUGCAGUCUACCUGGCAAUCGACACCAUCACACAUCCUUCCAACAUCGAGAAGCUCAAGGAGGACGCCCGUAAACAGACCGGCCGCGACCACUGA